UCUUGUAAACAGAAAAGGCUAAUCACCUCGUCUUUGUACAUUAAGUUCAUGUUCAAGACUUUUAUACAUUCCCACAUUUCGUUCGUUGUAAUAAGAGAACAGUAUGGAUUCAUCAAGCAACACAUCGGCUACUUUUGAGCCCAUCCCUUGGGAGUUUGACGUGGACAACGUCCAUUACUGGGUCCACUAUGGCCUCGUCAUCUUUGGUGCAGUCUUUACACUUAUCUCCUUCGUGGUUCAGUUUCGGGAGCCCGCCACCUACGGUAAACACGAGGACAAGGUGAGCUCUUAUAAGGAGGUCACCGAAAAUGGAGCUACUCGUGUCGAACUUACUGAUGGAGAUGAUGUAUCGGCAACUGAACAAGACUCAAUAACACAACUACAGAGAAAAGAUGAGACAGCUAUAAGGAGGUUGUGA